GAGAGAGUAGCGGGUCUGCUGUUCCUCGAAGCCUCUGCGACGUUUGUGGGUUAAAGUUAGGGCGGGGACACAGCUCAACAGAGCCCCGGAACAUGAACUAAAUAUGGGCAUGCGCUGACCUGGUGGGCCUCCCAUCGAUAUAUGCAGAUUCAGGGCUGUCUGUGCUAGGAAGCUGAAUGUAGGCUAUACUUCUGGGGCCAUAGUUUAGCCUACAGCUUCACAAAUGUUGUGGAUACAUGAAUUCCACGGUUGCAUCGAAUGAUUAAGUUACUGUGUAGGAACAUCGUUUCUGUGCCGUUUUUACUUCCUUGUUUAUUUUCUUUAAACGACCGUUUGAUGCGGUUCGCUUUUUUCUGGAAUCCAAAGCCGUAUGACGUCCUAAUAGCCUACAUUUUUGCGAGUUUUUUGGGCUGAUCAAAAAUGGAGGUCUUCGAUGGGGCUGACCGUGGAGAGAAUGUUUUAGACUUGUCUCGCCUGAAUCUGGACAGUUUGAGUUUGGAUAAUAUAAGCGAAGAGAGAAGGAAAGACACCAAGCAGCUGUACUUGACUUACAACCGACUGACAGUGUUGCCGGAGCAUGUCUGUCUGUUCGCGAACCUUGAGUUUAUAGAUAUCAGCAAUAAUGGACUCUCGGUUAUAUGUGAAGAAAUGGCUAGGUUGAACAAGCUAAAAACGCUCCUAGCGAAGAACAAUCGUCUGGACGAGUUUUCGCUACCCAAGGAUUUCGGUUCCAUGCAAAUCGAAGUGUUAAAUUUAAGUGGAAACAGAUUUGAGGAGCUGCCGACCCAGUGUCUGAAAUUGCAGCGACUGAAGUCCCUUUCGGUUGGGGGAAACAGACUCAAAGCAAUCCCGGCAGAAAUAGAAGAUUUAACAAGUCUGGAGCUGCUGUAUCUUGGUGGUAACCUCAUCAGCGACAUCCCCCCCGAGCUGGCCAACCUGCCGUUCCUCUCCUACCUGGUUCUGUGUGACAACCGCAUCCAGAGUGUUCCGCCCCAGCUCGCCAGGCUCUACUCCCUGCGCUCCCUGAGCCUCCACAACAACCUGCUCACCUACCUGCCUCGCGAGAUCCUCAGCCUGGUGCACCGUCGCAAGGAGCUCAGUCUCGCGGCGCAACCCCUGCUGGUGGGUUCUGUGCAGGACAUGACCUCACAGCCACCCCUUGCGCUGCUGGAUGCUGGCCGGACGUCCAUCAGUCCGAACCUGCGUUGCUGCUGGACCUGCGCUGCGCAUCUGGCUGCAGAAUCCCACAAUCUGACGUGUAUAAAUGCAUGUGGUGUGUGUAUAAAUGCGUGUCCUCUCUCCGCAGGCGUGUACUUUGACUCGUGCGUGCGGCACAUCAAGUUUGUGGACUUCUGCGGGAAGUACCGGCUCCCGCUCAUGCACUACCUGUGUUCCCCAGAAUGCACCUCUCCCUGCAGCUCCAACCCGCAGAGCGACGCCGACUCGGAGGACGAGAACAGCGUGCCCGCCGACCGGCUGCAGAGGGUGCUGCUGGGAUAGGAAAGAGGCGGGGCCUCAAACCAUCCAAUCACGUCAGAGUCUGUGUAUCUCUUGGGGCUGAUAACACUAACUUUCUAAUGAGCUGUAUUAAUUCAUAGUGCAAACACAGAUCUAUUACUGCCAAGGGGGGGUUCUUUUUUGUUUUUUUUAAAUGAAAUAUUUUUUUUUUGUUUUUCUAAUACAAUCAGAUUAUUUAUUGCAUUAAAAAAAAAAACUAGCAUCUGGUAGAGUAGCGUAAGAUCUUAAAGCUCAGGGUAAGGUGGGGAGUAGAGCUGUUCGCAGGACAGUGUGAUCGAGGCACUGCCUGGCCUCCCCACUGUCACUGUGUCCAACACCUUACACAAAGUAUGGAGGGAUAUGAAAAGAACAAAUAUAUAUUAGUGCCUUAUUAUAAUAAUAAUAUAUUAGCCCCGGGGGGACCUGUAUAUGCUGGCUCCACUCAGGUUCCUCGCCUAAAUGAAGUUUCAGACGUGGCAUUUUUUUUAUUUAUUUCCUUUGCCGGAGCCUUAAAAAGUGUGACUCCACACAUGCUGGCUGUUUUAGGCAUUUCUGUCCGAACCACUGUGUGUUUACUGAAGUACUUCCCCAUUGAAGGGUGAAAGGUCCAGAGUCCUCGUGUGAUCUGAACCUGCUGAAGCCCGAGUCCCUAAACACUACAUUACCCAGAACCACACUCUACAUUCUUUUUCCUUUGCAAGCUUUUUUUUUUUUUUUUUUAAGAGCCAGUAAUAAGAGGUAAAAUUUCCCUGUUUUGCAAUGCCUGCAUAUUCACUGAAUGGCAAAAAUGUUUUGCCGCAAGGUUAAGCUGUGAUUGGGUGUAAUCCAGGCGUCAAAUUUAUAAAAAUGUAUAAUUUCUGUUAAAGUUUUUGUUUUUUUAAACAUUAGCCUGACUAUUUUUGGCAACUGCUGUGGACAGAAUGCUUCUGUUGCUUUUGAGCCAGUUUGACUUUGUUCUAAAGGUCCGUUAGUAUUUGAGUUGUGAGACCCCCCAGCAGGGCCUGCUGGGGAAGUUACUCUUUAACUACCCCACUUCUGUACAGGCUCUGAGCCUACUCACACAUCACAGUACAGAGGUCACCUGUCUGUGCCCUAACGUCCUGUUGUUGUUUUGGAUUCCCCUCCCCUCCCCCCUUAUGUGAAUAAGAGAAAUCCUUUCUCUUACUUUCAUCGCCCAUGUCCAGGGAUUUCAUGAUGCGUCCGUCUUGCAGAGACGCCCCAGCUCAGACUCGGGGUCGUUUCUCACUUCCUGUUCCACACGCACUCCAGACUGAAGAGCACCUGACUGUAGAGGUGAAGAUGGGAUAGUCAGGUAUCAUUAACCCUUUAAGGGGCGGGGCUACAAAGAGCUGUCAAUCGCUGACUUGUUUGAACCUAUUACAAGAGUUUCCUCUCUACAGCAGUUCAGAAUCACAGUCAUUGAGCCGCUGACCGCAUUAAGGCAGCCAUCCCUAUUGAGCCGCUGACCGUAAUUAAGGCAGCCAUACCUAUUUUUGGAUUAAUGAGACCUCGUUCUCCCGUUACCACCUGACUGUUU